CCCCCUCUCAUGACUUAUUAACGUAAUGAUGUUGGGAGGUUUAGUGUCACUUAUAUAAUAUCUUAUUUACUAUUUUGCUAUUACUAGCUCAAGUACACUUGACCUAUCGCGGUCUCUAUCAAAAUGACUCUCAUAGUUCACCAUCUCGGCGUUUCGCAAUCGGAUAGAGUCGUCUGGCUCUGCGAAGAGCUUGGCAUCGACUACGAACUUAAGAAAUACGAUCGAUCACCUAUUUGGGCCCCACCAGAGUACAAGGCCCUGCACCCCAUCGGGUCGGCUCCUGUGAUCGAAGACGGGAGCAUCAAACUAGCCGAGUCUGGCGCUUGUAUUGAGUACAUAUUGCAGACUCGGGGAAAUGGGAAGCUCGUCGCCACGCCGGGACAAAAAGACUUUGCCGAGUAUUUAUACUGGUUUCAUUUCGCGAAUGGUACCUUACAGCCUGCGCUAUUAUUGACUUUGUCACUAUCCCGGACAGGGCUAGGAGAGGAUAACGAGAUCGUAAAACGAAGUGAAGCUAGGCGGAAGCAGGUUCUUGGGUUUAUGGAUCAGCGUCUAUCAGAAGUACCCUGGCUCGCGGGCGAGGAGUUCACUGCGGCUGAUAUCAUGAACGUGACUAGCCUUACGACGAUGCGUUGCUUCAUAAAGUACGAUCUUACUGAUUAUCCAAACAUCCUAGCCUACCUUAAGCGUGUAGCUGCACGAGAUAGGUAUAGGUAUGCAAUGCAGAAGGGAGAUCCGGAUCUCAACAUCGACGAAUUGACUGCAGCGCCUCCCCCGCCUCUACAGAAGGCUGUUGCCGCAGUGUUUCAAGCGCAUGGGCGCUGAGCUGGACAAUAGAGCCUAACCUAGACAUGGAAGUGUUGGCUUCUUAAGAUAUCUCCUCUCCUGUGAUGGCAAGAGUCGAACCACGAGGCGUGUGGUAGUCAAUGACCUCCCCUUCUUAUACAUAGUAACCUAGAUUCUCGUAUUCUUGUAGAGCUUAGCUUGUUUAUAUGACAAAUUGUAAAUUUCAAA